CACACUAACUGUGCGGGCGGGACGGCUGCGGCAACCCAGCUCAGCGGAGCAGAACCCUGCGGAGAAGGGCAGGCUCACCGAGAGAGGGUCGGCGCGACCAUGGAGAAGCGAUUCACAUAUGAAGAUUAUCAACACACUGCAGAAUGGCUUCUGUCCCACACCAAGCACCGACCUCAAGUGGCAGUGAUCUGUGGUUCUGGCUUAGGAGGCCUGACUGAUAAAUUGACUCAGACCCAGGUCUUUGACUACAGUGAGAUACCAAACUUUCCCCAAAGCACAGUGCCAGGUCAUGCUGGUCGACUGGUGUUUGGGUUCCUGAGUGGCAGAGCCUGUGUGAUGAUGCGGGGCAGGUUCCAUUUGUAUGAAGGCUACCCACUCUGGAAGGUGACAUUCCCAGUGAGAGUUUUCCACCUUCUGGGUGUGGACACCCUACUGGUCACCAAUGCAGCUGGAGGGCUCAACCCCAAGUUUGAAGUUGGAGACAUCAUGCUGAUCCGUGAUCACAUCAACCUACCUGGUCUCUGCGGUGAGAACCCUCUCAUGGGACCCAAUGAUGAAAGGUUUGGAGUUCGUUUUCCUGCCAUGUCUGAUGCCUAUGACCAGGAGAUGAGGCAGAAGGCUCACAGUACCUGGAAACAAAUGGGGGAGCAGAGAGAGCUACAGGAAGGCACCUACGUUAUGGUGUCAGGCCCCAGCUUUGAGACUGUGGCAGAGUCUCGUAUGCUGCAGAAGCUUGGUGCUGAUGCUGUUGGUAUGAGCACAGUACCUGAAGUUAUAGUUGCAAGGCACUGUGGACUUCGAGUCUUUGGCUUCUCUCUCAUCACUAACAAGGUCAUCAUGGAUUAUGAAAACCUGGAGAAAGCCAACCACGAGGAAGUACUAAAUACUGGGAAACAAGCUGAACAGAAAUUGGAACAGUUUGUCUCCAUUCUCGUGGCUAGCAUUCCACAGCCUGACCGUGCCAGUUAACCAGCUCUGGAGUGGUCUGGCCUCUCCGUUAUGUACCCAAGUAGUUACUACAUACUUUCGACCCUUGCUGGGGUGAUAUGCCUCUGGCCUUAGAUAGUAGCAGAAAGAAGAGAAAGAUCCCUACCCUUCACUUCCCCACUUCUCUUACCAGACCCUUCUGGUGCCUAGUGCUCUUUUACUCAACUGUCUUCUCAAAAACAGUUUCUACCCCCAUUAUUUCCCAAGAGCUGGAGCCCAAGCCAAGCCCUACUACACAUCCGUAAAUGUUCCCAGGAUUUGACUUGGGCUACUGAAUUUGACACAGUGGUAGUUGCUGCUAGCUUUCUGAGAUGAAGCUUUCACAUUCCUGGGGACUCAGUUCUACCUCCCACAAAGUACUGGAGACCACACAGAGAUUAGCUCAGUGCCUCUUGGACUUUAAUAUUAUCAUAUUUUGACAAUAAAGAGAAAGGUGAAAUAA